UUCCCCACAAUGUCCAGUGACAGGCAGAGGUCGGACGAUGAGAGCCCCAGCACCAGCAGCGGCAGCUCAGACGCCGACCAGAGGGACCCCCCGGCACCUGAACCCGAGGAACAGGAGGAAAGGAAACCUUCUGCCACCCAACAGAAGAAGAACACCAAACUCUCCAGCAAAACUACUGCUAAGCUAUCUACUAGUGCUAAAAGAAUCCAGAAGGAGCUAGCUGAAAUAACUCUUGAUCCUCCUCCUAACUGCAGUGCCGGCCCUAAGGGAGAUAACAUUUAUGAAUGGAGAUCAACUAUACUUGGACCUCCAGGUUCUGUAUACGAGGGGGGCGUUUUUUUCCUGGAUAUCACAUUUUCAUCUGACUAUCCAUUCAAGCCACCAAAGGUUACUUUCCGCACCAGAAUUUAUCACUGCAACAUCAACAGUCAGGGAGUCAUCUGUCUGGAUAUCCUGAAGGACAACUGGAGCCCUGCUUUGACUAUUUCAAAGGUCCUGCUGUCUAUUUGUUCUCUUUUGACAGACUGCAACCCGGCUGAUCCUCUGGUUGGAAGCAUAGCCACUCAGUAUCUGACCAACAGAGCAGAACAUGACAGGAUAGCCAGACAGUGGACCAAGAGAUAUGCAACAUAAACGACAAACUACUUGUGCAGUGUGAAGGUGCAGAAAGCAACUUUACAGUGUGCAACAAAUCUUUAUAGCCUUUACAAUACGGACUUCUGUGUAUAUGUUAUACUGAUUCUACUCUGCUUUUAUCCUUUUGAAGACUGGGAUACUGCCUCCCAAAAAGGUAAAUGCUAUCAAGAGUAGAAAUUUGUAGCUGUAGAUUAGUUAUGUUUAAAAUGCCUACUUGCAAGUCUUGCUUCUUUGGGAUAUCAAAAUGUAUUUUGUGAUGUACUAAGGAUACUGUUCCUGAAGUCAACCAAAUAUUAUAGUGCAUUUUAGCCUAAUUCAUUAUCUGUAUGAAGUUAUUAAAGGUAGCUGUAGAUUACUAGGAAUUAUGUCAUUUGUAUUAAACCCAGAUCUAUUUCCAAUAUGUGGUACAUGCUGUUGUGAAAACUGUUUUAACUUUUACCUUUGUCAGUUUGUAAUGAAAGGAUUUCCUUUUUCCCUUUGUAGCUCAGAGAGCACCCAGUGUAUCAUCUCAAACACAAUAAACAUGUUCCCCAAGGAGUA